AUGGCUGGAGUGGAAGGUAUGAUCUGGGGAGUGGUGGCGGUAGUGCCAAGGUUGCGAGACCCCGAACUCGUAGGGCUCUGCACCCUCCCAGCACCUUCCAGGGGAGAACGUCCGUCUGUGCGAGUCACAAAGGCGCCGUUCCAGGGGUCCGAGAACGCCCGGACCUGGGGCUUGGGGUCGGCGCAGCCCAGCACAGCGGUGCAGCUAGCAGUUCUCCCAGCGCCGUCCGACACGCAGCUGCGGCCGACGUCGGACACGCGGUGGGAGCGGUCCUGCAGGCCGCCGCUGGUGAGUUUCUCUGCGCUUGCAGCCGCGCCUGCUGCGUCACAGCGCCCCCUGCUGGGGAAAUCAAAUACCUGGUGGCUGCCCCUGGCCCCCGACGUCAGAGGUUUAGCUGCCCCUCAACUUGGAAAAUAUCCUGGCCCCCCCCAAUUAAACAAGAAGUACAGGAGAAAAGACCCUGAAAGUUCCCAGGAACCUUCAGAGAAGACCAAAGAGCAGCUGGCUGAGGGGGAGCUUCGGAAGCUGAGGCAGCAGUUCCGGAAGAUGGUGGACAGUCGGAAGUCCUUUAACUUCCGCUCCCAGCGGAAGAUCACGAACCAGCACAAGGAAAUCAAGACCCUGCAAGAGGAGCAAGAUGAGAUCACCCUGCUUUUGAAUCUCAUCAAGUCCUCCAGGAACCUGGAUCUCAAUGAGAAAAACUACAUGGAACUGCGUUUCCUGCUGCAAACUAAGGAGGACUAUGAGGCCCUGAUUAAAUCAAUGAAACUGCUGUUGGCUGAACUGGAUGAGAAGAUUGUUCAGAUGGAGAAAAAGAUUGUAACCCAAAGACAGAUCUUCACAAAAAUACAGGAGGCCAAUAACCCCUGGAAACUGCAGAAACAGAUCCAUGUUUUGGAAACCCGUUUGAAUCUUGUCACUGUACACUUUGACCAGAUGCUGACCACCAACGCGAAGCUCCGGAAGGAGAUCGAGGACCUGAGGUAUGAGAAGGCUGCUUACGACAACAUCUACCAGCAUCUUCAUCGGCGCUUGUUGAUGCAAAAGAAAACAAUGAAUGUGGCCAUCGAGCAGUCUGCGCAGGCCUACGAGCAGAGGCUGGAGGCCAUGGCCCGAAUGGCUGCCAUGAAGGACCGCCAGCAGAAGGACAUCUCUCAGUAUAGCCUGGAGAUCCGAGAGCUGGAGCGUGUCUACGACCACGAAACCAAGCUCAAAUCCUUCUUGCUCGUCAAGCUGAAUGACCGUCUUGAAUUCGAGGAGCAGUCCAAAAAGGAAGAAGUUCUUAAGGCAAAGAAGUUUGGGAAGAAGAGCAAGGGCGAGAGUUUUGAGAGCUACGAGGUGGCUCACCUCCGGUUGUUGAAACUGAUAAAGACUGGGAACCUGAAUCAGCUCAUCGAGGAGUUUCUGGCCAAGGAGGAGAAGAACUUUGCUCGGUUCACAUAUGUCACAGAGCUCAACAACGACAUGGAGAUGAUGCACAAGAAGAUCGAGAGAAUCCAGAAUGAGAUCAUGCACUUGAGAUCCCAGCAGAAAUCAUCCCAUGAUGAUAGCCACUCUAUCCUGAGAGAGCUGGAGGAGAAGCUAAAGAAGACCACGGAGGAGGCAGACAUGUAUGAGAACAACUACAGGGAGAUCAGCAAGACCUUGGAGUAUCUCAAGACCUCGGUGGAGAAUCUGUUUAAGAAGAUAAAUUGUGAUGCCACCAAGAUCCUGGUGCAGUUAGGGGAGACGGGGAAAAUCACGGAUACCAACCUCCCGCAGUACUUUGCCAUCAUUGAGAAGAAGACCAAUGACUUGCUGGUGUUAGAAUCCUACAAGCGGCUUAUGGAAAUGGAAGUGGCAGAGGCGGAGGUCCAGCCAUCCUUCCUCAACCCCUUCUGGGGCGGCUCUGCCCUCCUGAAGCCUGCAGAACCCAUCAAGGUCAUCCCCCCAGUGUUCGGGGCUGACCCCUUUAGUGACAAGUUGGAUGAAGUGGAGCAGCCCCUGGACCACAGCAGCCUUCGGCAAAUGGUGCUCAACCACUACACCACAAGAGAGUCUCGAAACAGGGACAGCAUGCCUGAAAAAGGGGACGAGGUGAAGUCCAAGAGGAAGGUAACAGUCUGA